CCAUCCCUGCUCCCUCCUUGCCUUUCCUUUGUCGAUUUUUUGUUAAAAGUAUCUAUACUAUAUUGUUACAUAUUAUUCCAUCCCCUCCCCCAUCUUAUCCUUCUCCCUAAUUUCAUCCCCCUCCCCCACCUCCAUUUUUUCAUUCUUGUAAUAUCCCUCGGUUCCCCGACGUCACAUAUGCAGUCGACCACUCACCCGCCCUCACCAACCCCCCACGUCGUCGCUUGGCCAACCUCCAUCCGCCCCACGUCGUCAUCGCUCAAAAUCGCGUUUCGUGCUCCCCAAGGCUGGUUCCUCGGAGACCGAAGGAUAAUAUUCCCGACUGGCUCCACCCAACCAACCAAUGCCUACCUACAUCGAGCCACGAACCCAACAACCAACGCCACCCAACCACCCCAACAAAAAAUAGAUUCAAGUCGGUAA